CCAGGCUGCCGUGAGACUCACCGGGGAGGCCGCGCCCGGCCUCGCGCCUCCGGCCCAGGAGGCGGCCCCACCGCAGGCCUCAGCUGGCGGAGACGGGAGGAAGAGAGAGAGGAAGAGAGAGAGAGAAACACCGAUAUGAGAGAGCAACAUUGAUCAGUUGCCUCCUGCGUGAGCCUGGACCAGGGAUCAGACCUGCAAACCAGGGGUGUUUCCCUACUGGGAAUUGAACCCACAACCCUUCGGCCAUGGGACAGCGCUCCAACCAACUGAGCCUCACCGGCCAGGGCAGCAGCACAGUGAGGUCCAAUUUAUCUCACGAGUGGGCUUUCGUGAACACUGACAUCUUUGCCAGGACCAAGAUAGAGCCCAGCGCCUUGGUGCAGAAGCUGGAUCUGGACACGAGGAGCAUUACUUCCAUCAGGAGAGGUGCCGAGGCGAAGACGAUUUUGCCCAAGAAGGAGAAACUGAGGCUGAGGCGUGAGCGGUGGCUACAGAAAAUUGAAGCCCUAAAGCUGGCCGAGCAGAAGCUCAAGGCGGAGCGGAAGCGGCAGGCCACGGUGGUGGUGGGGGACCUGCAGCCCCUUCGGGACGCCCUCCCUGAGUUGCUGGACCUGGAAGCCAGUGCCCGGCGGCCACACGCCCGAGGCCGAGCCAGCAGCAAGCCCCGGCCGGCCGAGCUGAGCCGGAUGAGUGCGGCGCAGAGGCUCCAGCUCCUUGAGGAAGAAAGGACUCGCUUCCGGGACUUGCUGGCCAGUCCGGCCUACAGAGCCAGCCCCCUGCUGGCCAUCGGGCAGCAGCUGGCCCGGCAGAUGCAGCUGGACGGUGGUGGCCUGCUCUGACCUGUCCAGGGAGCAUGCUGUGAGCUCUGGGGACACACAUGAGGUGCCAGAGAGGACCUACUCCUCGCCAUUGCCACUCUGAGCCUGGAGAGCAGCUCCUUCGACUUUUCCUCACUUGUUGGGACCCGUGGGGCAGACCAGCUCCCCACCCCCACCCCCAGAGGGUCAAUAAACGCAGUAU